CUCCAGAUCAGUUUUUCGACCUUCUUCGAUCCCACCAAAAUUAAGGUGUUUGUACAUUAAUUACUUGUGGAGAGUGCUGUGCCGUAUUGCUGACGAUCCUUAAUCUAUAAGGGGUUGAGUUUUUCAUAAUCAGCCUCGGACGUGUUUUCCAAGCAUAGCAUUCCCUCAGUAUAUACGUACAUAUACAGAAGAAGGUCUAAAUUGAUCAAGAAACGCGCGCAAAUAAUUAAAUGGCACCUGUAGCAUUGCCUCCUGGUUUUAGAUUUCACCCAACAGACGAGGAACUCGUUGCUUAUUAUCUAAAAAGAAAGAUUAAUGGGCGGAAAAUCGAAUUAGAAAUCAUCCCUGAAGUCGAUCUCUACAAAUGUGAGCCAUGGGAAUUGCCAGAGAAGUCCUUCUUGCCAAGCAAAGAUCUGGAGUGGUACUUUUUCAGCCCACGAGAUCGGAAGUACCCUAAUGGGUCCCGAACUAACAGAGCAACUCAGUCUGGUUAUUGGAAAGCCACCGGUAAGGAUCGGAAAGUUAAUUCCAAAACGCGUGCGGUGGGGAUGAAGAAAACCUUAGUCUAUUAUAGAGGACGGGCACCUCAUGGUACCAGGACUGAUUGGGUUAUGCAUGAAUAUCGACUCGACGAGGCAGAAUGUGAAACUGCUUCGGGGUUACAGGAUGCAUACGCAUUGUGUCGUAUAUUUAAGAAGAGUGCAUUAGGACCUAAAACAGGGGAGCAACACACUAUUUCUCGAACUGCCAACCCUAAUUACCAACAAUGGCCAUCUAACCAUCAUCAUCAGCAUGCUUGUUCAUCUACCAUCGAUUUGUCCUCAGCUGGAAGAGUUACAGAUUUCGACAGCUCUGGUUAUCCAUUUCCAUCAGAAACAUGCUCACAAAAUGUCGUUCAAGGAACAUCAUCAUCGUCAUUCGAUUUUAAUGGCUCAUCUAGAGAUGGGAAAUGGAUGCAGUAUUUGGGAGACGAGACAUUUGGAGCCACAACGCCAGCAUUUCCUAGCCAUGGACAAAUGCCCUAUAUUCCAUCAAAGGUUGAUAUAGCAUUAGAGUGCGCAAGGUUGCAGCAUAGACUAUCACUGCCUCCAUUGGAAGUCGAUGACUUCCCUGAAUUCGACUUCACAGACACAAAAGAGCACCACCAACAACAACAACCCAUGGCUAGGCAAAACACCAAUGGACCAGAUAUCUUACAAGAAAUACUUUCAGUUGCUAGUGCCUCUCAACAAUUGAUAAACGGACCUAAUAGUUAUCAGGAAACAUGGGCGGGAAAUUAUUCCAGUUACUUGGAUGAGUUUGUUAUGGAUUUACCCGAAGUAGGACAAAUAGAUGAUCAAGAUCAUUGCUUAGUCGGUAAUUUAAGUUCUUGGGGCGGAGGAGAACACGCAAGAUUUAUCGAUAUCAAUGAUUUAGAGGAAGAAUUCAAGACUGACAGUAGGAUGGUGGAAAAUCUGAGAGGGGUUGGAAUGUCAUCCAAAGAUCUCGAGAAGACAAUGCUGCAAGAACACAAGAUGGUUCCCAUUGAAAAUGUCUCCAGUUUCCACAGAGGAGAGGGAGAAGCCAUGAGAGGAGAUACUAAUAACCAAAAUGACAUCUUCAACCAAUUUAAGGAAGAGUACUCUAAUGAUUACUCAACUGGAUUCGUUAAUGAUGACCCUGAUGAUAAUAACGGAAUCAUUUCCGAAGGGGCAACUACGGAUGAAUCUUUGAGUAUGCCAACUUUUGAAGUUUACGAGAAAAUUGAAUAUAAGCAAGGAAUGUACUUUGUUUCCAGUCACAAGGUAGCUGAUACAUUCUAUCAUCAGAUGGAGCCCUCCAAGACUGUUACAGUUCAUCUUAAUCAGGUAACAUCGCAUAAUUUCCCGAUUAUGAAACCUACUGCAAACAUCACGACAAGAGUUAAAAACCGAAGUUCAUCAUCUAAUUUUGGCGAGUCCAAGGUCAUGGCGGGGUUAACCAAAAAUAUAGAUGCUAAAUCGACAUGGACGUGCUCACAUUUAUUAUCCAUAACAAUGAAAGUUGUCAUCCAUAUAGUUGCACUUCUAUUGACAAGUUGUAUGUACGAAGAACAUCAAGAUCGUAAUAAUGCAACAAUGAAAGAUGAGUCAUCAAUCAGUGAGUGCAAAGUUGUGAUCCAAAACAGAGAUGAUCAUCCAGAAUAUUGCAGCAGUUUUCGACUGAGAAAGAAGAUUAUGCCACUAACAAUUGGAAGUCAUAUUAAUUCAUGUAACGCUAUUGAUGACCAGAAGAGUGGUGUUUAUGAUGCUGACAUUGGAGGAGAAGGAUACAUUUGAAUUGUAACAAGAAAUAGUCCUCUGCAACUGCUUUAGCUAACUUUGCAUUAGGGUUUCAUCACAUAACAUGUUUCCCUUGACAGUAUACUAGCACUAAGGAUUAAUUUCGUCAUAUCUUUGUUACAUUACAUACAUACAACUGUAUUUAUACACAUUAGGAAAGGCACUUAGUAUAUAUCCAUCCCAUCUCAAGAUGAAGGAUGUGAUCUUAAUGUAUAACCUUCACUGUGAUGCUUAAUUGAUUCUAUAUAUAUUAACAAAGACAUA